AUGAUAAAUUUGGUAAAUGACUUUCUUACUAAUGCAGAUAAGAAGGAUAUUAUUGAGUGUGUUAAAGGUUUAGUAGACUACCCCUUAAAACAUGAAAGAUUAGGUUUCAGGAUUACUAAAGAAGAUGAGAAACUGCUCUAUGACAAAUACUUCCAUCAAAUAAUGGGCCACACUUUCAAGAUUGUCAACGAAUUACCAACGACUGAAAUGUUAUCAUUAUGUAGAUUUUUGACGGAAUUCUCGAAAGGCGAUAUUUGGCUUGAGUCCGCAUGCAACUUGUUGUCAAGCAAUAUUGUAUCUACAGAAGCUCAUUUACUAGUAGUUGAACUAGAAAAGUUUUUCUCAGAGUUCAACAGAGUGCCAGAUUUUAUUUCUGCUAGCAUUGAUGACAGUGAAAUUAUCUCAGAUAGCUCGCAAUUGUUUCUGGAGUCACGAGCCAGGUUAUUGGCCAACGUGCCUCACUAUGUUGCUAACGUGGAACGUGAGAAUCCCUCCUACUUCACUGUUGGGAGUCAUUUUGUCGAAAACAUUUUGUCAGCCUUCGAACGUGUUUCCAAUACAUCGCAAAAUACGUAUAAGCUUUUAGGAUUAAUUGUUAGUCAUCUAUGUUUGGCCGGGUAUUCGAAAUAUGUCUCAGAUUUUAUUGUUGAGCAGGAACAACAUUAUUCCGCUGACAUUUGGUCUAAAUUACUAAUCCACACCAACACAAAAAGUAUGGAAAUAUGUUUGGCUUCACUCGCUAAAGAAUGUCCAACCCCGCGAAAAUAUUAUGCGUUGUUAUCAAGAUUUCUUGAAAUGUCCUCUCCUACUUUUGAUUCAUAUAUGAGGUUAUGUCGUCGUUUGUUCUACAUCCGCCAGUUUAAAUCUGGAAAUACUGUCAGAAACAUUUUUAAUUCGUUUUUCAUGGCUGUAUCAAAGUGUGAGACGCUUGAAAAAUCAACCUGUUUAGCUACCAGAGUUGAUGAAGAUUUGGGACUACCUGCUCUUCGCGUAUGGUCUGACAUAAACUCCAUACAAACAGCUUCCCUAGAAAGACGUAUUUAUUUGUCGCAAAUAAUAAUUUCAUGGAUUAUUGAUUUUCGGGACCCUGUGCGUGCUAAUUUAUCCAUCAACUUAUCCAAUGACCACUUAUUACCUGAUGUACUGAAUGGAAUCAGUAAUCACCUUGGAAGUCCGCGAAUUGAAAUUCGUACUCUUGGUAUGGUUAUAGGGGAGUGGAUUGUGAAAAUUUUCGACUGGAGUCCUGGUGAUGAGAAUCAGAACCAUAUUCGACCAUAUUUUGUUCCUCUGGAUGAGGCUGUCGAUGCUGAGUCUGGUAAUCACAAUUCAGUUCCAAUUCAAACGCCAUCAAGUGUAGAGUCUCCCAAAAUCUCCCUUAAUUCACUUGAAUGCAAGAUAAAGAACGAAAACUGUGAAACUGCGAAACAAGCUUUACAUAAACUAGACAGUGAUGAUGAUCCAGAUAGUGAUAAUGACUCAUUGACACCACUCCCUUCCAUUAGUUCUUCAAAUUGCUACAAUAAAACACCAUUUUAUCUUCGUGAAUGUCUUGAUGGAAUGUUAUUAUCAAAGGUUGAAGAUAACCCAGUGAAUAUUGCAUGUACAAUGUCUGCAGAAAAGUUGAUCUACGCUCAUCCGGAAGCGGCGCAAGAGUUAGCACUAGAAUUCGCUCGUGUUCUUGUUCAUAUUGAACCACCUGUAACACCUGAUCCGGAACAAAUAGCUCGUGCCAGACAUGAUGCUCUAGUAGCUAUUGGUGUAGUUGCUCCGAAAAAAUGCGCACGUUAUUUGACUUCAGAAUUUUGUCAAUCAGGAUAUUCCAUUGGCCAAAGGAUGAAUAUUAUAUCAUCUCUCACUGAUAUCGCCUGUAAGUUGUAUGGGGGCAAAGACGCACUACUCUCUCAAAGAUUCUCCUCAAAUCAUCAGAUAGCCAAUAAUGAUGCGGUCACUGCUAACAACGAUCAUAAAGGAAAAACUCGUCGAUUUUGUAAAAAGCGCCCUCCAUCUUCCUACAUUAUUAAUAAAUUUGCUCCUUUUGCUGGAGAGUUUUUCUUUCCCUUGCUAAAAAGCAUUCCACAGUUAUCUCUUUCUUCUGCUAAAGGACCGUUCGCUCAUCAAGAUGCUAGUUUAUUGGCUAGCUUAUUGGCGUCGUUGGGAACUAUUUAUGCUUGCUCCAGUCUCUCAUCUGUCCAAGCUCGAAUGGCUGACGAGUUGAUAAAUUUAAUUCCUUUAUUUCAUCGACAUCCGGAACCUGCAGUGCGACGUGCUCUACACAUAGUCGUUGGAACAGUUAUCACCACUACUCCACUGGAAAUCUUAUCUUCUAAACCUGAAUUGAUUUUUAGAAAGUCAAUCUUUUUGUCUGGUAGUAAAAAAAGCUCUGUAGAAAGUACUAUUUCUAGCUGGUUAAAAUCAUGUUCAUUGUCUGAUUCAGAUGCAGAAUGUCAACUUUUAGCUUCUAAUAGUCUUUCCGCACUAUGUGAACGAUUUUUAGAGUGGAAUCAUAGUAAACAGUAACUCCGAAAUAAGUUGCGGUACAUUUAUUCCACUUAUCUAUCGAUAUUCAUGCUUUUUGUACAUAGUGUAUAAAUUCUUAUGAUCAAUAUACAUAAAUUAACGAGUAUUUGGUGUUAAAUUCUUAUAAAUGCUUGCUUGAAAUAUCAUAGUAGUGAUAUAUAUAUAUAUAUAUAUCACGAAUGAUAUCUUCAUUUGUAACUUAAAGGUGAAUUGUUAUACAUACCAUAGUUUUACUAUGAUUUGUUUUCCCUAUUCAAGUAUACUUCAGUGUGGAUUGAGUACUUAACAACAUAUAAACUUUUCAUCUUAUCGUCAGAUUGUAGCUUUAGUGUGAAAUCCAUCGAGACAGAACCGAUAUAACCUACCAUUGUAAUGGUAGUUAAAUUGUGUACAGACGGUUUUCUUUGGCUGAUUUCAGACAUGAAUAUUGGGAAAAGGGUCUUGUAUGCAAAUAUGCACUAACAAUUUAAACUGCCAAGAUACAAAAACCAGUGGAACUUGGUGAAUACAUGAAAUUUAUUAUACUAGCCGGAAAAUCUUGACACUGAAGAUAUGGAAACUAAAAGAGCAUACCAAACAUGGAAGUUAAAAAUUGUCUGUGUUUACCUCUUAUUUGUCCAAAAUAUUUAUCCAAAAUUAUUAGCUGACAGUUCAGGGUAACUAGGCUGUAAAAAAAAACCAGCAGUGGAGUUACAUAGCUAUCAUUGUACUGACUGCAUUCAUGUAUCAACUAGCCAUACAAACAUCUCUCAACUAUGCGUUCGUGCUGUAUAGAAAUGAAUCAAUCAGAUAAUUGUUCUAUUGCAAACUAUUAAAUACCGCUUAAAAGUUUUCGUACAUCUUUUUCUUUGAUUAUUGCAGAGAAAUUCGUUUAACAUAUAGAAAUUCAUGAAUAGAAUUAAGUGAAAAAGAAUAUUAGGCAUAUUAGUGUUUCAGUCAAUAGGGUCAUGUACCAAGUAAUAUACGAAAAUUUAUUAGUGAACUACUAAAUGAAAUAUUUGGAACAAAUGUAUGAUUCCUGGGAAUUAACAUCAUGCCAUGUAUUAGUUUACUUAAUGGUAAGUGCUGUAAGACUACGUUGUGGCUUGAAAAUAGUGAAUAUUAUUUAUCAUGAAUAAACGUUUGUGGUUUAUGCGAAACUAGGUGGAUGUAUGUUGGAUAUUGUGUAGUUGAGAUAAAAAGUUAUCUUUGAUAAUUUUACAGGUAAUCGGUAAUUGGAAUUCCA